UAGUGCACCGUUAGUGCGUCCUACUUUUUUCCCUCCACGCACGCUGGAUUAUGAUGCGACCUGCAAAAAAAUAAAUUAAGCAAAGCCUUAAUCCGGCUCGCGGGCGCGCAAACUCGCACUCUCUCCCGCUCUCUCUCUUUCUCCCCACCUCCCCGCACAGCUCGUGCGCGCUCGUGCAAGGGUCUCUCCGGCAGCACCUCUCUGGAAGCAUGCAGUGACCGGAGAGCUGCGCAGCUCCACCGUCGCGUGCGCGAGAGGCGGCGGCGUGCAUGCGCUGCGUAAUAAAAAAGGCAAGGCGAGAAAGGGCGCACCGGUGGCGCGUGUGGACUUUUAUUGCGCAGCGCCGGGAUUGGGAAAAAGAAAAGCACGCUCACUUCGCUUCUGUGCGUCAGAUUUGUUUUGCAUGCACGCGCGCUCGCGUACGCAGCUGCGCUUUUUACAGCAGCAACAGCAUCAGCAACACCAGCAUCCAACAUCCAGCGAGGACCUGAGCGGAGCUUCCCGCGCCGUUCCCCCCUUUUCUCCCCUCCUCUCCCCCUUUAUUUGUCCUCUUCCCUCCCUCCAUCACCCCUGGAUGGGCUCGGUUUAUCUUUCCUAGCCGCAGACAGCGUCGUUUUCGCGCCAUGGCUUCGCACGGCUUUUGGUCUCUGGGCGCCCAGAACGCGGGAGACAACAACAGCGGCUCGAGCACGCCUCGGGCUUGGUGCCAAGCGGCGGCCCAAAAAUUCGGAGGAGGCAUCGGCUCGAAAUUAUGUGCGCUGCUGAAUGUCGGGGAGAUGGAGAAGGGCGCAGACCCCUCUGCAGCUAAACAGGGAGAAGACCCUCUGGCGGAGAGCUGCAGCUGCAGUGAUAAACCAUGCAUCUGCUCCAAAGCCACGGUGGGCUUCUCUCACCUCUAUUCAACAGACCUGCUCCCCGCGCUGGACGGCGAUAUGAAGACGAUGAAUUUCCUGCAGGAGGUGGUGGAUAUAUUGCUGGCCUACAUCGUGGAGUCUUUCGAUCGAUCCACCAAGGUGAUCGAUUUCCACUAUCCGAACGAGCUGCUCCAGCGGAACAACUGGGAGCUCUCGGACGAACCGGAAACCCUGGAUGAUAUUCUGAUCAGCUGCCGAGCCACCUUAAAAUACGCCAUUAAAACCGCACACCCCAGGUACUUCAAUCAGCUCUCCACUGGAUUAGACAUGGUUGGACUGGCUGCAGAUUGGCUGACGUCGACUGCCAAUACUAAUAUGUUCACCUAUGAGGUGGCUCCGGUGUUUGUCCUGCUGGAAUACGUCACGCUGAAGAAGAUGAGGGAGAUCAUUGGUUGGGAAGAUGGACGUGGAGAUGGCAUUUUUUCACCAGGUGGUGCCAUUUCCAACAUGUACGCCAUGCUGCUGGCUCGCUACAAGAUGUUCCCUGAAGUGAAAGAGAAAGGGAUGUCGUCAGUCCCCAAGCUGGCGGCCUUCACUUCUGAGCAUAGCCAUUUUUCAAUCAAGAAAGGAGCGGCGGCUCUGGGGAUCGGCACGGAGAGCGUCAUCUGUAUUAAAGCAGACGAGAGGGGAAAGAUGAUACCUUCUGACCUGGAGAGGAGGAUAUUGGAAGCCAAGCAGAAGGGUUAUGUGCCAUUUUUCGUGAGUGCUACUGCUGGUACUACAGUGUAUGGAGCCUUUGACCCCCUGAUCGCUGUCUCUGAUAUCUGUAAGAAGUAUGACGUUUGGAUGCAUGUGGACGGUGCCUGGGGAGGAAGCCUGCUCAUGUCCAGGAAACACAGGUGGAAGCUAAACGGCGUCGAGAGGGCGAACUCGAUGACCUGGAACCCUCAUAAGAUGAUGGCCGUGCCCCUCCAGUGUUCUGCUUUGCUGGUCAGAGAGGAGGGUUUGAUGCAAAGCUGCAACCAGAUGCACGCCUGCUACCUGUUCCAGCAGGACAAGCACUACGACCUGUCCUACGACACCGGAGACAAGGCCCUGCAGUGCGGACGCCACGUGGACAUCUUCAAACUGUGGCUCAUGUGGAGAGCCAAGGGCACCAUCGGGUUCGAGGCUCAGAUAGACAAGUGUUUGGAGCUGUCGGAAUAUCUCUACAACAAGAUCAAGGACAGGGAAGGGUAUGAGAUGGUGUUCGAUGGAAAGCCUCAGCACACCAACGUGUGUUUCUGGUACCUUCCGCCGGGCGUGCGCUACCUAGAGGACAAAGUGGAGAAGAUGAAACGCCUACACAAGGUCGCCCCUACGAUCAAAGCCAGGAUGAUGGAGUACGGCACGACCAUGGUGAGCUACCAGCCGCAGGGAGACAAGGUCAACUUCUUCCGCAUGGUGAUCUCCAACCCGGCCGCCACCUUCGAGGACAUCGACUUCCUAAUCGAAGAGAUCGAGCGGCUCGGUCAGGACCUGUAAGACUUGAAGCGGCGGCGGAGUCUCGCUCACGCGUCUGUCUGUAGACAGAUGAAAUGUUUGUUGUGAAUGUACGGUAAUUGAUUUAUUGAUAUAUUUCUUUAUUUUUUCCUAUUAAUAGAUGAUGAAUAUGUGUUCCAAAAGAAGACGAGUAUGUGAAUAAUGAUAAUCCAUAUUAUAUACAUAUACAAGUAUUGUAGCAUCGUCGUGGACGUCUUGGUCCAAAGCCCUGUGAAAGUGUUCCUGUCCGCUCUGUCUCUGUAAGCGUAGCUGAUUAUAACUUUACUCGUGUUUGGUGCGAGCGUGAAUAAUUAUUUGCUCCUCUCCUGCACAAUAGGUCAUGUAUAAAUAAUAUAAUAAUAUAACUUUAUUUAUAUUAAAUCUAUUUGACCUGACAUUCUAAGUGCCAGUCAUCACGGUGUAGAUCUCUAUACAAAUGAAAAGUGUUUUAUUGAUUCUAUUAGAUAUUUAAUAGCGAGAGCACUUUGGCUUACCUCAACUCUUUUGCCUUUACAAUCACAGGCAGCGUUUGAGUGCUUUCAUGUUUUUUAUGGAAAUAUACGGGGUAUGCAGUUUUCUGUUAUAGCACUGUAGUGUUGUGUGCCUGCUGAUACCGAGUCUGCAUGCUGGGUUUUACUGCGUGUGUGAGUGUUUUAGUCCUGGAAUGGUUCAGAGACAGCAGUGUUGAUGUAUACAGUGUGGAGUAAAGGAGUAAAGGAGGUAAAGGAAGCUGUUUCUAGGCCAGGAGUUAUAAAAGCAGCUCUGGUCGGAGCUCAGGUGCUUUUAGAGGCUGAAGUCUUUAUUCUGAGCCAAAAAGCCAAGAGGAAGUAUCCAGAUCAGAUCAGAUCAGAUCAAAUCAGACAGCAGAGUCACAACAAAGUUUCCAGACAACAGAAACAAAAAUCCAGAGAGAAAAAAAGCGCAGACAGUCUUUUUAUCUACAGCGGCGAGUUGAAGGAUCUUAUCUUGUGAAGGCCUCUGGGUCUAAAACUUUCACAUAAAAUAGAUAAAAAUGUGGAGUUAGAUUAAUAUUAAUUGAGUACAAUCAAAAAAAGGAGAAGCUUUGAACUCACUUGAUUGACAUUUGCACACAAUGACUGUUGGUGAACAUUGAAUUCUUGCUUUAGACUCCUUUAAACCCUCUGUAUUUUUAAUCCCUGAAUUUUUCACACUAUAAAUCCUUUAAUUUAUGUAAAAAUGCACCUUAUGUAUGAAUUCUACCAGUCCGGUAUUAAGAAGCAGUAAAGCCACUCUGCUGAAGUAAAGCUUUAAACAUGUAAGUGUGAGUUUUUUUUAGUGAAGCUUGGUGCAGCAGCAUUAGCAUUAGCGCUAGCUUUUUUGCUGUUCAGAGCCGUGUUAAAACAAUCUAUAUGGUGCAAACUGCUAGCUGGUAGCACCCUGGGUUAGCAGAACACUCAGGAUUCCUCAGUCUAGUUCUAUCAGGCGGUAUUCACGUCCCGCUAGAGCUGCGGUUAGCGGCUAAUGCUAAUGCUGCUGCACCCAGCCUUAGUGCUGGAGAAACUUCACUGAAAACUCACCCUUAAACAAAAUAUUGAAAUUCUAAGCUAAACUUAGGACUCGUUUGACUUUGCAAGAAAAUGUUAAAAGAGAAACAUGGCAACACCCUUGCUCACUUCGAUCAAGGCAUCCUUACUAGUGUUGCUUAAUGCGCCUUAUGUAUGAAAAUUGACCACAAAAUAGACGUCUAUUGAUAAUGCAUCUUAUCAUCUGGUGCGCCUUAUAGUCUGAAAAAUAUGGUACAUAAAAAUGGAAUAUGUCAACAUGUACUUACUACAAAAAAAAGAUAAAAUCACAGUAAGGUUUAAAAAAAAGUUCUGUAAUAGUUUUUUUCAAUAAAAUAAGUUGGAGUUGGAGGUGUGGUAGGCCUGCUGUAGAGCCUAGCAGGUAUUAACACCUACCUGUGAAGAGUAAAGGCUGGUUUAUACUUCUGCAUUGAGUCAAUGCAUUGUCUAUGGUGUAGCCUGUGCGAGCGCCCUAUGCAGCUGCUUGCAUUUAUACUUCUGCAUUCGUGCAUCUGCAAUUCUGCGUAGCUUUGCAGUUUUAACCAUGAAUGCGGGAAGGUGUGGGCGGGAACACAAGGCUCGGUGGACCAAUCACAGCUGCGGCUGCCCACGUUGCGCGAUGCUCAGUUACAUUUCUGGGGAGAUACACGUUGGGCUACAGCAUAGGGUAUGGCAUAGUUUCAACGCAAAAUUAUAAAUUGGCUUUAAGUCUUAUUCAUCAUGUCUAAAUGGCAUUUAUUUUCCGGAAAACUUGAACUAUUGGCUUCUAGAGAUACUAGAGAUAUUUAAAAAUAUUUUUAAAUUAAAUAUUAUAAUCUCUAUCCAUGUGAUUGCCAUCAAAAUGCAGUAGAAGUGACAAAAACUUUAAAAACUUCAAUUCAAAUACAGUAAUAAAACUCAAUACAGCCACAAAGCACUAAUCAUAUCUGCAAUAUUCUUAAAUAUAUAUAUAUAUUGUCAAUGCGAUAAGAACAUUUAUCACAAUCUACAUUGCCCCCCUCUUUUUAGUGGUACUGCUCCAUUUAAUCCGUAUAAUCCGUAUCUCAACAUGCACAAAUACAGCCGAGAUUAAUGCAGAUUCUUGACCGAAGGCUACUUCUGUAUCUGUAUAUAAUGUAUAAGCAUAAAUGAGCCUUUAGACAAUAUCUAACACUAAUCAUAGCAUAUAUUAAAGCUAGGCAUUUAGUUUGAUUCACAAAUGUUCAAACCACCCCAAUGAUGAUGCUAUAUUGCUAUAUAUACUGCAUAUAUAUACUGCCAUGUGGAGUGUCUAAUGCUAUCACCUGGUUCAAAUGAACAUUUAUUUUAGGCUAUUCAAGAUUAAACACUGCCAUUUGAAGCUUGCAAAAGUAACCCAUUUUUUCACAUGCAAUAUAUUUGAGCUUGUACAUAUAGCAGGUUUUACAGUGACUUUGAGUAAAUAUGGUUGGGAAACUAAUAAAUUAAUUUUACAACAGGACUGGUUUAUCCCAGUUUACAAAAUUAUGACAGCAGUUAUUGAGACACAUCAAUCAAGUAAAUUCAAUGCACUUUUCGAUCACUGUAGCCAAUAGGAACACUGUAUGUAGGGCAGGAUGAAAUGAGAGAUGUUCUCGUUCUAGUCAUAUGCUGGAUAUUAUAAAUAUGCACAGAACAAGUGGAGUAGAGUUGGUCUGUUUUAGGGUCUGGAAUAGAGAAUUACUGGUACAGCAGAGCAUAUUCUGUCAAUAGCGAUGAAUCCAACCCUUAGCAAUAUUGCUAAAUAACAUAUGUGGAUGGGCACUUCUGUAUUUAGACCAAAAGGCACAAGAUGUUCUAUUGAGUGUCAUCCUUUUGCAGUGUAAAUCUACAGUACAUAGCUUUUACUUUAGAAUUUAGAAAAGUGGAAUAUCUAUAUAAUAGUUUCUGGCUAGUAAUGUUUUUUUUCACAUAAAUCAAUAAUCAAAUCAAUCACCAAUGUUACGAUACGUUAGUUCAGCUUCUGUAGCUUCUCUAGCUUUAUUGAUUUAUUGACUUCCUUUCUUUUAUGUAUUUUCUUUUCUUUUAUUUAUUUAUUUAUUUAUCACCAGUGUUAUCUUGAUAUUCCAAUGAAAAAAAAAAAAAAAACUGAACUGAGCUGAAGCUGAAACCCGGUACGGCUGUUUCUCGACCUGUUGAUCUGUUUCGAAAAAUCUUCUUCUUCUUGAUCUGUUUUUGUAAAUAGACUUUUAAGAUUCUCGACUAACUACAUAAGCACAUAUCUGUGUGAAUACGUCCAUGUACUGUAUAUAAAAAAGAGUCUAUUUGUGAGGUAAAAUAUUAUUUUCUCUAUUCAAACUCAAAUAACAGCUAAUUGUUAUAAUAAUAUAUAUAUAUAUAUACAUACGUACAUAAAUAUAUAUCUUCAUUCUGCUUGUGUGUACAUGUGUAAAUGUGUAAAUGACGUAAAAAUGGCGUGUAUGAUGAUCUGUUCUGUUCUGUUUUGUUCUGUUUUCACUGAUAAGAGAUAACUGUGUUUGGAGGAACUGGCUUAAUUUAACUCAUAGAAAGAAGCAUAUACUGAAUAAUCUAUGGGAAUAUUUCUCUCUAAAUAUAUCUAAAUAUAUAUAUUUUGGACUCUAGUAAUUCUAAAAUUCUAUCAGUUCCAUCCAUCCACCAGUCAUGGAAAGCCAUUUCUGAACCGAAGUCGGUUGUCUUUGUGCCCAAGUGAUAUACUUGACAUUAUGUGCCAAUCUGUAUUUUUGUGCGUUUGUAACUGUAUUGCCUUAGUAUUUAUUGCCGGUAUUGUCUAGUCCUCCUCCUCCUUCUUCCAGGGGGAGUUUGUGCACUUUAGAUUCUAUGUAAAACGACCUGUCCAGUGGAUGUUCAUAGUUUUAACUGUUUUACGAAACUGUGAUUCGUCUGAAUGCGUCCCUCCCACGUCCUCCUCGGACUUCCUCGUUCCUGGAUGAAAGUGACGGCGUUAAAUGCGAUUUCGCUUCUGAUCUGAUCGAUGUUUGAGUUGCUUUUGUAGUAUUCGAAGACGUAUUUACUGAAGAAGUGACACCUCGGCGCUACCUAUGUACCUAUGUACGUACCUUUAUCUUUAACGAGAAUGCGAGAAUUAAGAAAGAAUAAUAGCAUUGUUAGAACAAUAGCAUUGUUUUACGUUAUUGUUUUCUUCUUGAGUGUUCUGUCUGUCCUCGUUCUGAAUUGGCGAGCCUACCGUGAGAGAAACCAAGCGCUUGAGCUUGGGAGAUCAUUGAAGACCUACGCCUACGGGGUCUGGAAGCGUCCGCCAUGUUGUCUCUCUGUCUUUCUCUCAAUUCCUCUCUCUUUUUCUGUCUUUGUUCUUCUCCCUGCUCUUCUUCUUCUUCUUCUACUGCUGCUGCUGUUGCUGUGCUGCUACCACUGGGCCUGCUCGUUCUUUGCAUGUGCAUGAAUGCCUCGCUUCUUUCCGGGCUUGUGUAUUAAACCCCCCUCCAGUUACUCUAGUGCCGCUCUGUGUGUUAGUCUUAGUGAGGAACCGUAUAGCUUAGCUUUAAAUGUAGUGCUCUGUCGCUAGCUUCACGGCGCUGUGUGGUAGUUAUCGCUUUCUGAAACAUAUAUAUUUAAUCCGCUACGCAAGCAUGCUCUCUGUACGGCUAGAAGUUGUCCGCUUUGGCGAUCUGAUAUCUAUUUAUCUAUCUAUUCGUCUUUCGCUCUGUCUCUCGCUUUCCUCGUUUGAUGCCGCCUCUAAUAUAUUAGUCAGUGUAGUCCUCCAGCAUGCCUCUGUGUACCGACCUAUGUAGUCUUGAACUUUUCCCCCCUUUGAACUUCUUUCUCUAUUGCACUUUUCUUCUUCUUCUACCUCUUUCUCUUUGUAUCUUCUCUUUGUAUUUCUCGAAGCUUUGCCCCUGUUAGCAGCAAACAAACCUUUAAGAGCAAGCAGUGUGCGUGUGUGCGUGUGUGCGUGCGCUCGCUCGACGCGUCAUGGCCGCCCGCCGCGUCUUAGCAGCUUAGCUUAGCGCCCUGAGGAACAGCGGCCGGAGCUUUCUCACCGACCGGACGUAGUGACCCACACCCACCCAGGCCUCUCGGGCUGAUUCUGAUUCUGGUUGAAGGUAACGUGGAGUGUCUGUGAUCCUGAAUUUGAAAAGCCAGUGUGUUAAAAAUAAAAAAACAGACAAUAAGAAAUGAUGAUGAUAAUAAGAAUAAUAAUAAUCAUAACUCUGCGUCAUGAACGCCAGCCUCCGGUUCUCUUGAAAACUACUGUAUGUGACUUUCCUGGAAAAUCACAAAUAAACAUUCUUGAGAAA